AUGGAUCCGAGAGAUCAGAACGGCGAUGUGCGGCAAGUGCGGCGGAAACCGAUUCCAUCAUAUGUUCCGCCGCUUGGGUACGACGAGGCUCUGCUACUCUCAUCCGCUCAUACGCAUGUCUACGACUGGGAUCACGAGCCCGAGGGCAGGCGCACCUCCGACGAACAGCAGAGUACACAGGUUGGGAUAGAUUUGCCCUCCAAGUCGACCUUUGCUAGCGGUGAGACGGACUACGAGCUGGUAAAGAUGUUCAGCGCCGAGAAGACGAGGAACAACACAAGACGACCUCCGCGACGGAGAUGGCAAUUGCUGAAAGGGUGGUGGCAGGAGAUUAUAUGGUGCAUGAUCAGCAUUGUCUGCGUAAUCGUCCUCGUCACGGUGCUGAGGUCGUACGAUAACCAGCCGCUGCCGAACUGGCCCCUCGGUCUGACGCUCAACACCGUCGUCGCCUUCAUCUCCACAUUCUGUCGCACUUCGUACGUUCUCCCAGUGGUUGAAAGCCUAUCGCAGUACAAGUGGAACUGGUACAAGUCGCCAAGACCACUGGGCGACUUCGCGGUCUUUGACGAAGCCAGCCGCGGGCCAUGGGGCAGCUUGAAGUUGCUGCUCAGGACCAAGGGCCGACUCGUGGGGAUUCUCUCAGCUGUGAUCCUGGUUUCUGGAAUCGCGACUUCAACGUUGACACAAUCCGUUGUCACUUACCCUACUCGUCAAGUUGCCAUUCCUGGCAACGAAACCGCACUCACUCUGAGGAAUAAUGAGUAUUUCUGGGUGACUGCCAACGGCAAUGCUCAAAGAGAUAUCAUGUUCCCGAUCAACCAGAUUAUUCCUCGAAGUCUCUACACCCCACCUACAGAGGUAAUGCCGUAUUAUCAAGCCAGCUGCCGAACAAACAACUGUACCUGGGAUGACUUCACCUCGCUUGCCGUAUGCGUCGACAUGAAGAAUGUCACAGACCUACUGAAGACUGAUGGAGACCCCUUCGAAGAGGGCACAAAUUCCACGCUCCCCAACGGCCUGACUCUGCAACGGAGCUAUGGGUACGGCAAUUUGAAUAUCUCCAGCGGCCCGAGUCUAUCGUACAACAACACCGACAUCAUGGCAGCCAAGAUUUGGAACUUCUUCGUGCUGUACGGCCCCCGACUACGUGCCACCGAAAUUAUGCUGCACUGGUGUGUGAACACGUACAGGGUCACGGUCGAGGAGAAUCUUCCCGUUACGCAAAGGGUGGCUUCAUACACAAAUCCAAACAAGGGAGAAGUGUUUGUGGAAAAUUACAACACGACCCGCAACGCGACUUAUUUGACGUCGCCAGACAACCCGGGCAAGAAAUUUGUGGCCGACGGAAUGGGUCCUGGCGAGAUUGCUCAGAUUCUCGACUCGACUCUGUCGGGUACCUACAUCAAUACCGGCGGAUACAAUUUCCAGAACGGGACUCAAAUCUACGGUACGGCCUUGUCCCGAGCCGAAAUCGGCAUUAACGCCGUCAACGAAUCUCAGAAGCUGGAUGACGCCUUGUUCACGACCCUUCGCAACCUUACAGAGAACAUUGCCAGUGGACUCACUAAUGCGCUCUUGUUCGACAAUGUCAGCGGUAGUGCCUGGCAAGAGGAGAUAUUCGUCUCGAUUCGAUGGCCAUGGCUUACGCUGCUAGCGGCCCAGGUCGGGCUCUCUAUCCUGACCCUAGUAAUUGUCAUGAUUGAGACUGCCGGCUUAGAUAUUGAGAUUGUCAAGGGCUCUCCUCUCCCUGCCCUUCUCGCAAUACACCCAGAUGAGAAGAAUGCGUUACUGGGGGAUCAUCUCGAGGAAACAAAGAGCAAAGAUAGUAGGCUCCCACAUUUGAGAGCUUCGGGCAUUACUGGAGGGUUACAGAGAAGUGGAGAGCACUGGCUUCUUCAGGGGAUUAAAAGAAGAUGA